AUGACUUCAACUCCGUCCGCCGUUGACCUCACGCAAACCUUCCAUUAUUCCACUUCGACCCACCGUUACAAAAUUCGGUGGAAUUCACUAGGGGAUCCCAGUUUACCUCCACUUGUCUUUGUGCAUGGUACACCCUGGUCAUCUCGAGUUUGGACGACGUAUGCCCAAUCCCUUCGCAAAUACUUUCAUGUCUAUCUCUUCGACAAUCCGGGAUUCGGUGAUAGCCCUCUUGGAAGCCCAUUCCCAGGCACAGAAGAUAGCAUCAGUGCCAAAUUGAGCCUUGAUGCAGAUCUAGCCAGACAGUCUGAAGUAUUUGCCGCGCUGCUUGAAUUUUGGGCACAAACUUGGCAACAAAAGCCCCAUGUUAUUGCUCAUGAUCAUGGGGGCCUGAUGUGUCUCCGGGCACAUCUAAUCCACAAUUUCCACUAUGCAAGCCUAUGCUUGAUAAACGUCGUUGCAAUCGGUCCAUUUGGUCAGCCUUUGUUCAAGCUGAUAGCUGAGAAUGAAGCCGUCUUCAAUGAGUUGACUGGCCCGGUAUUCGAGGGUGUGGUUGAGGCCUACAUUCGAGAUGCAGCCUAUACAGAUCUGGGAAAGGAAAAAAUGGAGAUGCUGAAGAGACCAUGGCUUUCCGAUGCAAAUGGAAGAAAGGGCUUCAUUAGGCAGAUGGUGCAGGCCAAUAGCCGCUGCACGGAAGAAGUGGAGCAUAAAUACCCCGAGGUGGGUAAAACGAUUCCGGUAAAAAUAAUAUGGGGGAAAGAAGACCAGUGGAUUCCAAUGGAAACAGCUUUUCGACUAAAGGAAAAGUUAAAUGCUCGCGAUGUGGUAUUAAUCGAGGAUGCGGGACAUCUCGUGAUGUAUGAUCAAGAAGGGAAGCUGGGGUUGGAGCUGGGUUUGUGGUUGAGCCAUGCCGCCGUGGGAGAAACCAGUUGA